UCUAAACUCCAAACGUCAAAUUAAAUUGUCGCAAAAAUUUCAGUCAUAUUUAUAAUUUUUUAUACGUGAUCUCACAAUAGAUAAUAAAAAUACAAAAUUAAUUACAAUUAUUGGGUGCCGUUUCGGCCACAAUUACAAAAUUGGAGGUGAACAACGGCUCGCAUAAAUGAAUGAUGUCGUUGAGGUCGAAGGCACUGGCGCUUGUGGAGGUAUUAUUGAGAGUACCACCAUUAUUUGUGGUGGAUGAGUUUCUGAAGAUCAGCCUGGGGCUACCAGUUGCCACAGGCGAAGAGGUCUCCUUGCUGUCGAACAUCACGGAUGAUCACGUCGAUAUUACGGACAUAGACGCGAAUUACUACGAUGCUAACUUCUACAACGCCUUCGUCUUCACCUUCCUCAAAUUCCUCGUCUGCUGCUUAGGAUGUAUGUCAGCAUUGAGUAUAUUCGUGCUGUACACGAAGCACCUGAUCAUCAUCUACCUCUACUUAAUGUCACUGGGAAUAGUCUUCGUAUCCUACUGGACCAACGUUUCGGCAAUCAAGCAAGUUCAAACUCUCGCCCUCGCCUCGCAGCCUUCCACGAGCAUACUCGAAGACUUCCUCAACUUGAACAUGAGAAACCUACUCGACCUCGAGGGCCCAGGGGUUCUCGUGAUACAAAACUUUGCAAUACAAUUCACGCUUGCGAUCAUCUUCAGAAAUGUCCACCUGGGCCCGCGGCAGCCGACGAUACAGAAGCUGCUACCCAUCGGGUUCAUGGCACCUUCGCUUUUGGCAAUGCUUCCAGUUCCUCCAAACUUACUCCAUCAUUCGCCGGUUUUCGCCGCACUGCUCCCCUUAUUUCUAGUCAAAUACGUGCUGUGGUCAUCAGCUUAUGACGUCAUCCAAGUAAUCUACGCCGGCUACCAGCAUGGCAGACUGUUCGUCAGUAACUACGGCCUGUCUGCGUUAGUUGAAACGGAAUGGAUGCGGUUGAACAUACCCUGUGUAUUACGAGUCUUCUGGGUGAUGCGCGUCGCUGAACACGCCAUUCUACUACUCAUGGACAAUUACGACGAAGAGGCUGAGGAAGGUUUACGGGUCUCCACUUUACUAGCAGUGCAGUCCCUUGCCUCGAUGACAAAAUCAUUGCUAGUAACUGGAUGCGAGACCAUCACUGCCGUGCUCGGCAUGACAUCUGUGAUCUCGUUCUUCUGUCAUUACAUCGGGAGUUUCUUCCAGUGGAUUUUGUUGACAGACGAAGAAGAAGAUAAAAGUAUUGGAACAGUAUCGGCGAUACUGUUCUACAUUCUCGCCCUGCAGACGGGGUUGACUUCUCUAAAUCCGGAGAAGAGAUUUGUGAGGCUUUGCAGAAACUUCUGCUUACUAUUCACGGCUCUGUUGCACUUCCUUCACAAUAUUGUGAACCCAAUGUUGAUGUCACUGAGUGCUUCUCACAAUCCCACCACCCACAAACACGUGAGAGCGCUAGGUGUUUGUGCGUUCCUGAUCAUAUUCCCGAUCUCAUUACUAGUUUAUCUAUGGUCACAGCACACAAUAUCCACGUGGCUCCUAGCUGUGAGCGCAUUCAGUAUAGAAGUGAUCGUGAAGGUAGUAGUCAGCCUCAUGAUCUACUCACUAUUUCUCAUCGACGCCUAUAGAAGCACGUUCUGGGAACAACUGGACGACUAUGUCUAUUACAUUCGGGCUUUUGGCAACACGAUAGAGUUUUGCUUCGGCAUAUUCCUGUUCUUCAAUGGCGCAUGGAUUUUGCUGUUUGAGUCCGGCGGCGCGAUUCGUGCAGUGAUGAUGUGCAUUCACGCGUAUUUUAAUAUCUGGUGUGAGGCUCGGGCCGGUUGGUCGGUGUUUAUGAAACGGCGAACCGCUGUCAAUAAAAUCAAUUCGUUGCGAGAGGCUUCCGCUGAUCAAUUAGACAGCUUGGAUGAUGUGUGCGCCAUUUGCUACCAAGAAAUGCAUUCGGCUAAGAUCACACGAUGCAAGCACUUCUUCCACGGAGUAUGUCUGAGGAAGUGGCUCUACGUUCAAGAUAGAUGUCCGCUGUGUCACAAGAUAUUGUACAAAAUAGACAGCGAUACGAAUAAAGAUAACGAUUCAGAGACCGGCAACGAGGAGAAUAGCAACAAUCAGAAUAUACUUCUGGAAGACGAAGAGGACGCUGAACUUCUAUUGGGCGAAGGCGUGAGGUGACUGAUGGACGAGGAGCUACUUAACUUAGAAUAAUGUUUAGUUUUUUGUCAGUGGUUUUAUUAAUUAUAUUAUGUAUAGUAAGUUAUUGUUUUUGAUAAUCAGGUGAAGUCUGUGAUGUAAGGUAUAAAUUGUUUUGUGAUGAGUGGGUUGCCGUGUGAACUAGUUCUAAGACUCGCUUCGUUCUCCGACAUGCCUAAAAUUUUACUAAAUUGCUGGUGCAGUUAACGUAAUCUAUGUCUUCUAAUGUCUGUUGAGUAGUUACACCUCGCUAUUUGUAAAUAAUUAUGACAUUUAAAAAUCCCUUUUUUAUACAGACUAAAUUAAAGGAUAAAAAAAUAGUAAUUUCGCACUAAAAAUGUAAAUAAAGUUUAAUUUAGUAGUAUAA